UGCUCAUCCUUUGCGGAAGAGGAGAAAGUCCAACAUCAGCCUCAUGUGUCUGUCCAAACCGUGUCUGUAAAAACUAGGAUUAUAGGUAUUAGAAAGGAAGACCUAAGACCGGGGCCUGUGUAAGUCUAUGUGUGUGAUUGCGGUGGGGUGUUAGAGGAUGAAUGUGUACCUGCUGGUCCUGUGUCUGGCUUUGCUGCAGCAGGAGGGAAUUGCCAGGCCAGACCCUCCAGGCUGCAACAGUCCUGAGGUGGUGAGGGUGGCAGAAGAGGCCCUGGAGCAGAUCAACCAGGACCGGACAAAUGGAUACAUCCUGAGCCUCAACAGACUAUACGACCUCUCUCACACUCCUGAAAAGGAGAAAGGUGGGUCAUUCUACAAACUGAUCAUUGAUGUCAUGGAGACCAAAUGCCACAUCACCAGCAGGAAACCAUGGAAACAGUGUGAAGUGAGAAACAUUGGUGACGUUCCAGUGUAUGGAGAGUGUGAGUUAUCUGCCUACGUCGACUCUCAUGUCAAACUUCAAAGUUACUCCUGUGCACUCCGUGAAGUUCCUUCCACUGCAGUGGUGGGUGUGUGUCCGGACUGUCCCACAGCUGAAAACUUGAAUGAGCCCGUCAUCAAGGAGACAGCCAAUCUCUCCCUGCAGAGGUUCAAUGAAGAGAGCCGCCUGGCCAACUACUUUACUGUGGAAAACAUUACGAGAGCCAGUUCACAGUGGGUUGUUGGUCCAUCGUACUUUGUGGAGUUCACCAUUCUGGAGACUGUGUGUUCAAAGAAAACAGAUGUCAAUGAACUGAGCAACUGCCCACCUAUGGACUGUCAGUUUGCUCAUAGAGGCUUCUGUUUGGGCUCCCACAUGGCCCAUGAGGACCAGUUUGAAAUCAGACUCCCUGUCGGAAAGAAGGACAGCUCAGUUCAAAAUCAGAAGCCUGUAGAGGUGAAGUGUGAGAUCUACGAACCUCAGGCUGCCGCUGUGGAGGAGCAAGCCCACGCAAAAGCAGACAGUGGGCACACGGGGCAUCAGCAUGACAAUCACACGCACCUGCACCCCCAUGAGCACAUGCACUCAGUCGCACCCAGCUCAGACCUCACUGUCUCAAACCCACGGGGCUCCCUCGGGACCGUGGUGGAUCAGCCUGCUCCUCUUAGAUCUUCCCCGGCAGCCAGCUCCUGCCCCGGGCCACACACACACAAUCUGGGCUUAAACAAACUCAAGCUCUAAUUAGCUGGACUAGGAGGGUUGAUCUUUGAUCAGCUACAUUUUUAAGCUACAUUUUUCCUGCAUGUUGUAAUUAGUUAAGACAAUAAAUUGUAACCUAUAAUUAAAACCAGAGAGGGCAGUAAGUUGUGCCAACAGAUUACAUUUAUUGUUUGAUUAAAGCAUUUACAUAACAGGAAGUUGUACCAUUUUCUGGCAUCACAUGGGAAUUGUAACUUUUUAAACCACCUUAAAUUAAUGAUUAUUUGAUUUAUCGUAAAAGGUUACGUUGAUGUAAGUGUGAGCAAAUUGUGAACUGUGAGGCACAGAUGGACAGAGAGACAUUAUAAGACAGAGAUACUCUAUGAAUAAAUGUCUGUAAGUCCCUCCAGAACUUGCCUGAGAAUAAUCACAUUUUUAAGUUUUCUUCAGUAUCAAAGCAAUCCAGUGAUAGUUGUCUGUAUAUCCAUUGCUGACAGGAAUUGCUAAUGGACAAUUCGGCAUGCUUUAAAUGGUGCCAAUUUUACACAAUCUAAACCAAAAAAAGGCUAUAAGAACUAGGCUCAAGGUUUAUCUUACAGCUAACUAAAUUACCUGCCUAUCUCAUACAUCUCCAAAAGCAUUACCCAAAACUUAACAGCAUGAUUAUCCUCCAAUUCAAAGUAUGACAAGAAUAGGAGUGACAAAAUCCAUUAUCCAUUAGCUUUGCAUCAAUAUUUUGACAUUAGUAGAUGACAGAGGAGGAGGCCCAGUUGUCUUAGUUUAUCUGAAGAGAGUUCCACAGUCUCACACUAAUGUUUUAUUGAUUAUUAUAAAGGACUUGGUGGUGCAUUUCUCAGAAACACAAAGUGAUUUUAAUAUCCUUAAUUUUAAGAUUAAUAAUGUUCACAUUGUACGCUUGUUCAAAGAUUUUUAAAGUGUAAGUGUAAUAUUCAGCCAUGUACUUAGUAACUUAGUAACUUGAUAAUAUUAAUCACUGUUAAACUGUUUUUUUUCCGUAAAAUGAACCCGGCAAACACA